GACGCGUUAGCAGUAUGAAUUUAGCUCGAUUUGACACAGGUCACACGACACUAUUUCGAGCGCCGGGGGGAGCGAAAGAAAAUGCUCGCAUCCUCAAUAACGAUAGGUAAAGUUUACGGACCAAACAGAAGCUCCAUAUGGCGAAUUUCGGUGAUUAGAGAACCAUCGGAAACUGACCGGCAAUGGUGCACAGUGCCUAUGAUUGCUUCGAGCUCCUCGGCGGCUUCUCUCCCAAAAUCGACGCCAUCGAAUCCUAUGGCUCGAAGCUCUUCCUCGGUUGCUCCGACAGGUCUCUACGAAUCUAUGCUCCAGACUUCUCCGGCGCCGAGCUAUCAUCAUCACCGUCCGAUCAACAUGUGCUGCGAAAGGAGCAGUAUGCUCUGGAGACGACUGUGGUUGGAUUCUCGAAGAAACCUAGCGUCUCGAAUUAUUGUUCAGUUCUGCUACUAUACGUGCGGCAGAAUUAAUGUCUUUGGUUUAUCCAAAAAGGUGAAAUAAUUUCUUCAUUUCUUUUUAGUUUAUAGAUCUCUAUCCCAGAUCCCUGAUGUGAACUAUUUUUGCUAUUGCUGAGUUGUGCGGUUAGAUAGAUUUUUAAUCAUUGCAGAGUAUGAAUUUAUGAAGUGAAUUGUAAUUUUUCUUUUCUUUAAAAAAAAAAAAAUUAGUUC